AUGGCUGCUGCACCUACUGUCUCUGGAAUCAAUCCUACCACUGGACCGACCUCCGGUGGUACCCCGUUAUUGAUUGCUGGUACCAACCUAUCUGGAGCCACUUUAGUAACCUUUGGAAGUGGCACUAGCUCCGUGACGGCGACGCCAUCGAGCAGUACUGCAACGACAGUAUCUGUCACAACUCCUGUAUGGCCAUUUGCUCCGGGGACGGCAAGAGUGACUGUGACUACCCCAGGUGGUAGUAGCACUCAGCCAGUCUUUUUCAACUAUCAAAGUAUUACUGCGCCUACACUUACCUCUCUAAGUCCCAAUAAUGGCCCGGUGACCGGUGGGAAUGUGACAACAAUUACUGGUACUGGUCUCUUAAAUACGACUAAUGUGAGCUUCACACAGGGCACUAUUACUGUGAAUGCCCCUAGCUUUGCUGUUCUAUCCAGCACCCAGGUUGCUGUUGUGGUGCCUCCAGCUCCAGUUGGUGCAGGUCCGGCAUCUGUCAAUGUCACAAAUGGAGCAGGUACCAGUGCUACUCCUCUGACCUAUACCUACAAUAUUGUGAGACCUCUACCUGUAGUCACUAGUGCUGUCCCUAAUACCGGUCCUGCUGCCGGGGGGAAUUCAGUCUCGUUGACGGGAACUGGUUUCACAUUUGCCACGCAGGUAAAUUUUGGUACUACCCCUGCCCUCAGCUUCACAGUGAUCAAUGACACAUCUAUCACUGCAAUCGCGCCCCCUGGAAGUGGUACAGUGACUAUUACAGUAACUGGCCCAACUGGUACCGGUACUGGGGUUCCAUAUACAUACAAUCCCGCCCCCGUACCUUCAAUUACUUCUUUGACUCCAAGUUCGGGGCCAAUAUCAGGCGGAAAUACUGUCACUAUAACAGGCACAAACCUCAAUACUGUGACUGGUAUUACUUUUGGCAGUGUUCCAGCUACCGCUUUCGUUAUUCUAUCACCUACAGCUAUCAAUAUCACUGCGCCAGCCGGAACUGCUCCUGGUCCUGUUAAUUUGACCGUGACCUCUGGCACUUUUGUCAGUCCUCCUGUGCCCUACACCUAUAUUGCGCUGCCAGCACCGACUGCUAUCUUCCCAACCGCAGGUGUGAUAUCUGGUGGCACUCCUGCUGCUAUAACCGGCACUGGCUUAGCAGGAACGACAAGUGUCCUUUUCGGAUCGACCCCUGCUAUUAUUACUGGUGUUGUUGGCGAUACUGAAGUUGACCUCAUCAUACCUGCACAUGCUGUUGGCACAGUCCCAAUCACCGUAAUUACUCCAGGUGGCUCAGAUAGUUCAUUGAGCUUCGGUUUCCAGCCACCACCAGUCAUCACUUCUAGUAGUCCCACCCAGGGACCGACGACAGGUGGCACAACGGUGAGUAUCAACGGAGCUGGGUUGAUAAACGCAACUGGAGUUUUCUUUGGAGGAACUCCAGCAGCCUCCUUUAAUGUGGUAUCUGAUAACCUCAUAACCGCCGUCUCUCCUCCCGGAACCGGUGCAGUAUCCGUUACCGUCAACACUCCCGUUGCCUUCAGUAAUGGGACCCUUUUUCAAUAUGUCGCUCCGCCAACUCUCACUACCAUAAAUCCAACAAGUGGGCCUAGAUCAGGAGGUAACAACGUGACCCUUACAGGAAGCGGAUUUACAGGCACAUCAAACGUCUUCUUCGGUGGUUUGCCAGCCAGUUUCGUUGUCCUGGACGACAACACCAUCACCGCCGUAGCGCCUCCAGUUGGAACUGCGGGCCCCAUAUCGGUGACUGUACAAAACGCUGGCGGCACUAGCCCAGGUAUAACGUACACUACCACCUAA